AUGACUGUCUACGACCGCUACAACUACGACCGUGGAGGCCCCCGCCAUGAUACAUAUUAUUCAAGCCAUGGCCAGCCCUCGCAUGUAGCUGCAGAUGGCCAGACAGCCAUGAACUACAGCGACAGCUCCAACCACUACCCUUCGACCUAUCACCAUUCCUACGAAUCCCGCUACUCGUCUGCCGCCACAUCUAACAAACAAUCUUCAAGACACCCUACCAAGUCAUACAAGCAGUCCCGAUGGCCACCCUCACCAAGUGUUGAAGACGAAGUCACCUCGCUCGCCAAAGAAUUCCCGACCUUGGUGGGGUCCCAAGCCGAGGACAACAGCGAAGAAGCGAAAUCGCGGGGCACUGUCGAUCAGCAACCCAUCAUCGAGUCACUAUACACGCCGAACGACGAUGAGCGCCGUUUUGUACUCGUGUCUGAUCCGCAAGCACACAGUGAUGGAAUUGAAAAUGGCCCUGCCCUCUCCGACAACCGCGCCGAAAGACAUGGACGACGCAGGAGCCAUGCAGAACGUGGGAACAUGGCCCCUCUGAACACUAACAUUAGUGAUGACCAUGAUUCACCCUUAAUCCCGGAACGUACCUCUACUCCGUAUGCUUAUACGAAGCCACAAAAGGAGUCAAUUGCCCCGUCAGAUAGCCAGUAUUUUCUGUCCCCGGAGUCCCUCACCUCUUCAACCUCGAGCAUUCCGAGGUCGAUUCCGAACCAAGCUCCCGAUCGGGAAUUCAGUAAUACCUGGGGCCAAAGAACACCAACACAAGCUUCAUCUUCUAGGGAUAUCAACGAUACCUUUGAAGAUUCUGAUGGUGACUCGGACAGCUUAAACAUUCCUCCGGAACCCCGGCGGUCAGGGCGUUAUAGUUUCGUGAAGAGUGAGAUACAGAAGGAAGACUUACGAGCGAAUGUACUGGAUAGCCAGGCCAGGGCGGAACGUAGACGUCCUCGAGACUCGGCGCCGCCAUUCUCAGCAAGCCGUGAGUCCUCGGGAAAUGAAAGCAAUGCUUCAUCAACCUCAUCGAAACACUAUACACCACAAACUGAAUCUCCGCGAUCUUCUACGUCAUCUAUACGGGGAGACUCCACAAGACAGAAGCCUCCACGGGUCGAUACCAGGAGCUCAAGACGCCCUGAAUAUCAUGCUCCUCCCAGCCCGGUAUCACCAUCUCAACCAAGGCGUACAUCCCCUCCACGAUCACCAAGACUAUCAUCACGUAGACCUAAAUCUCCGUCUAUCUCCCGACCGUCGUCCAGCAAUGGAUCUCGCCCUUCAUCUCCAUCAUCAUUCUCAAAUGGCGGCGGACGAGCAGAUUUGCGAGUGCCUGUUACCGAAGCGGAUUGGCACGGAAGAUACUCAUCGAAUGAUCGGCUGAGAUCUGCAUCACGCCGUGAUACCUACGAUUAUAUUCAACCUCCAACGCCACAUAUCAAUGUGAAGAGCCCGUCUCCUUCGAGAACUCCAGUACAAGAAAAUGUUCUUCCAUAUCCCGUUGAUAGCAAGCCUACCCAAGCUUUCAUGCCUCCCGAAGAAGAGUAUCAAUAUGACCACUCUUCGGUUCCGUUACCCCCAUCCCCGCGGCAGCCGUACCCCGAGUAUACUUCACCUAGCUCACCGCGAAUGGCUGCCUUUCGCCCAGCGCCUCGAACCCACCACUCUGCGACCCUCAACGAACUUCCUCGCUCUCCACGGGCUAGGUCAAGUAGCUUCAGAUCGCAAUCCAAUUAUGAAGACCGGAGAUCAGCCACUGAUUUCGGCAUAGACAGACCUUUACCACCAUGCCCUAGAAAAGAGGCAUCGACACAACACAAUGACUGGUACAAGUUGGAGAAUUGUCCGGGGUUAGACAUAUGUCCGAGCUGCUAUGAGGGUGUGUUUGCCACCACAUCUUUCGCCGAUUACUUCUCUCAGCCACGUCGGUAUGAACAUCCCACGGAGCGCUUUUGCGAUUUCAGUAGUCCGUGGAUGCGUAUUGCUUGGGUUAUCAUCCUCAAGCAACGUCUUCCGUCACUUCGGCUCAUUCAAGAUCUGUCCGCAAUUGCAGACUCCGAGCGAUCUUGCCCUGGAGACCGCGAAGUUAGCACCGAUCACAUUGAAUGGUACGGCAUUCCCGAUUACCGCGAUGGCCGUCCCAUCUCCAAUUUCGCCAUAUGUCCCUGCGACCUAAGGAUGCUUAAAGCUCUUUUCCCCAGCGUACAAAACUACUUCGCUCGAAUCAAUCCGAGCCACGCCUACGCCGCUCCGAAAUAUACUUGUAGCUUCCGUGUAAAUUCUCGCCGUUCCCGAAAGUACCUCGACCUCCUCAUGGAAAUCGACGCCGAAGCGAAGGCUAACGGUCAACGACCCGACAUGGACCGCUUUAUCAAAAUGGUACGCGAGAACGCUUUCAAAGGGGAAUGUACCAGAAACAAACCCCUCUUACAGAAGUUAUGGCACUACAUCCCUGAGCUCCCUGAAUUCACAAUCUGUGAAGAAUGCUACAACGACAAAGUAUGGCCGUUCAGAUCCUCGUCUUCUCUUAGCAACCACAACAGCAAUGUGACUACACUUCCCGAACUAGUCACUCCGACUAUCCGACCCGUCCCGAGCGAAGAUCCACAGAUAGGUAGUUCAUGCUGCUUGUACAGUCCCCGCAUGCGCAAAGUAUGGGAGCGUGCCGUCCAGGAAGGCGACUUUUCAUAUCUUGCGCAAAAGGCGCGUGAGAGAAAAUCAGAGGAAAGAAGACUGGUGCUGCAGCGGUGGAAACUACUCGAUACCAUCAGAGUGGUUGAGCAGAGAUCGACAAAGUGGGAGAGGCUAAAGGCGGAAUUGAAGGAUAAUGAACGCGAAUGGAAGUAUUGGGAGUAGAGGAGGAAACCACAAAAUUGGCCUCGAUGGGAAUCCACACCGUUUUAUUUAUUGUUCUUGUCUCUUCAAAUCUGAAUCUGAUACGUUCUCUGUGGCAAGUGAAACAAGAUUGGAUAGCUGUUGCAUGGGUUUUUUGUCUGACACUCUACGGUUCUUCAUUUGUACUUUAGGUCUUUUUCGAGAUGAGGUCUACAUAACGUUAUUUCUAUCCACUGAACUUACUGUUUCUCACAAUUUUUUCCGUAAUAGUCAGCUUCCUGUUACCACAUACCCACGUAAACAUUCCUAUUGUCGUCCAUCCUAUUCCCUCUUUGAGCAACAGAGACACAAGCAGAGAGACGACACCCACACAUCUAAUACUGCCUCGCCGCUCGCUCACAAAUCGGAAUGCCUUCGUGACGGAAUUUGCCAGGCCCAUGUAGAUGACAUAGCUUGCAUCCCAGCUCAACACCAUCCCUCGAUCCCAACUCCACUCGACACAUCCUUCACUUCCACACACUCUAUACACCCCUUUAAGGACAUGAAACUAUUGCGAGGCACGGCACACAGCAUCUCACCAUCCAAUAAUACCUGCAAAAACGAAGAAUACAUGUAUAAGCGCCGCCGUCGAGGCAGUGUUAUUUUCCCCACAAAUUUUCCAC